AUGUCCUCGGAAAGGCCUAAUACUACAACACGUGCUACUACCGGAGAAUCUCUACAGAAUGUUAGCAGACGGAGGACCAAUGGGAGAGCAUGCAUAGCCUGCCAUCAACGCAAAGUCCGAUGUGAUAUCCUUGAAAAGGGAACGCCAUGCUCUCACUGUCAGUCACAAGAUAAGCCCAAUAGCUGCGUGAUAUACGAAAAGAAAAAGACCAGGUCUUCCCGUGUAGCUAUUCCACGCCCCUCAAGCCACGUUCCUCUUCAACCUCGUCAGAUUGAACAACAUCAACAACAGCCACUUCCGUCUGGCCAGCAAUGUCUUACCGCUCCAGCUACUCCAAGCGCAACGAGGCUCUGGCCAGAAGGUCCCGUUGACCCUAUCGCCCGACCUAGUUCAGCAGUUGGGUAUCAACACCACCAUGACUCCCCUAUAACGAUGCAAGACUCUGCCGAGAACGAAGAGACGUAUGAGACACGUAACCUCGCAGACUUUAUAGGACAAGAUCUUCCCAAAGUAGGCGAAAUAACGAGGUCUGAACGUCUCUUCUUCAUCGGCACUGAGUUCUCCAAUCUCAACUACCUCGUACGUCAUCGAGCGUUGAGAAAGGACCAAAAAGAUGUCCUACACUUUGGUACUCGCCGACUUGCUCGGAAAAUCCCUUCGGUACCUGAAGAGGCUCUGAAGCUGCCCCCUAAAGCACUGGCCGAUGUUCUUGUCAAGGCUUAUUUCGACCACGUCAACCGGGGGUUUCCCAUUGUUGACGAGGAUGAGUUCAUGGAAAUUUACAACGGGUCCGAUGUACCAAAGCUGGUAUCACUUCCCUUGUUAAAUGCAAUAUUUCUCGUGGGCGCACAUGUCCUCUCAUCGACCCGCGAGGAUUGCCGUGCUAGCACAGAUAUCUUCUUCCACAGAGCCAAGCUCCUAUUUGACUACCGCUUUGAACAGCAUCGCGAGACAUAUCUACAGACUGCUCUUCUCUUAACAUGGCAGUGUGAUAACCUUGAAGACAUAGUUAGCAACAGUUGGCACUUGGUUGGCGUUGCGAGUCGAGUCGCGUUUGGAAUGGGUAUGCAUCGUGAAGCGAGGCCAUCAACACUGAACGCCAUGGACAAACGUCAGUGGGUUAGGCUCUGGUGGUGUCUGUUUCAGUUCGACGUUGUCGUCUCAGCCUCCUACGGUCGACCGCAGGCUAUACACCUCGAAGAAUCAGACACGCCGAUGCUUGAUGAGAGCCAUUUCCAAGGCAUCCCUGAAGCAAACACAACCUUUUCCAUCGAACAUACGAAGCUCUGCAUAAUCUUCUCCAGAGCCAUGAAACGACGGGUGGCGUUGAAAGCUACGGAAACUGAUCGAGUUGCAGCGACGAAACAAGCCGACGAAGAACUUGCCGAGUUUAUAACUCAAUUACCGCAGAGUCUACAGCUACCGCCUUCCGAACCGAAUAGUUGGCAGGCCACUCUCCAUCUUUCGUACAACAACUUUCUCAUCCUCCUUCACCGACCUCGGCCCCAUCAGGAACCAAACCAGCUCUCCACCGAUUCCGCCAUGAAUCUCAGUAUCUGCAGUGACGCCGCCGUGACGAUCAACUCCAUCUUUGAAUCUCUCCGGUCAAGAAACGGGUUAUGCGGUUUAUGGAUGCCCUCGAUGCAUGUGUUGUUUACUUGCUUACUGCAUGUUGCUACCGAGCUGAACUCACCCAAUCCUCUCGUCGCUGCAAAGUCAUCGCGUAUGUUUGACUCUCUUCUACAUACUCUGCGCGACAUGUCACAGUAUUGGAUAUACGCCAAGAGUUUGUUGCGUCUAUUUGAGGAGCGGGCGAUGUGGACUAAAAGAACAAAGAGUCGCACACAAGGACCCGAAGAGCGAGCAUCACCGGAUAACAAUAGUGUUGAUGCAUCUGGAUUUCCUCUUGGAUCAACCCCUCUCGAUGACGCCAGCGGCAUUCAAAAUUCCAUUCAAAUUCCAGGAGGACCAGCGUAUGGCUUCAAUUUCGACUUUGGGAGUGGUUUGGGGAGUCAAAAUGCACAACAAGGGCUUUCUUAUGGUACUGGCUUUGUUGGUAAUGACCUUGAUAUGAAUGGAGGCAACAGCACUGAGGGGAUGAACUUGUUACCGGUUCCUUCGAUGCUGGAGUUUUUAUUAGCUGGAGUUGAUAAUCAGUAUGACUUUUGA